UAAUAUAGAAUUCAAUAACUUUCAAAAAGAUUAUCAAAAAGAUAACGCAAUUGAAUGGAUAGAAAAUGCCUUGAAAAAUGAAAAAGUUAAAUUUAUAUUAUUCAACGAUUUGAUAAAUUCUGAGGAGCUUGGCAGUGGAGGGUUUGGAUGUAUUAGGAAAGCUACUUGGAUUAAAACAAGAAGUUAUAUUGUUUAUAAAAGAUUAACUAAUAUGAAAUCUGUUAAAGGUAGCAUAUUAAAUGCAUUUAUUCAUGAAUUACAAAUUCAUUUACAACUUGAUCUAGUGAUCGGAUUAUUCGUUGCUUAG